GAUGAAGAGGUCAUUUUCUGAAGAUACAAAUCCGGACCAUGAUUUACUACAUGGAUCUACUUCACAAUUAGAUUCGACUCCCCCUAUCAGUAAACGUUUAAUUUCAGCUGCAUCAGAGCCUAUAUCAUUCAUCCGAAUCUCAUCCUUGGAGGAACUUGACAAAAGAGCAUUACAGCUUCAAAAUAAAAAACUAUGGGAAGCUUUGAUGGAACGUCGAGCUGCCAUUGCUGAAUUGAAGGAACGUAUUGAACACCUGGAAAAUCGCCAAACUAAGGAUGAUGCUCUACUUUGUGUAGUCAAUCGUUACUGGAAUCAGCUCGAUGAAGAUAGUUUGAUUAUACUUCAGCGUUUUGAUUCGGAUGCUGAGGAAGAAAUUUCAACAUCUACAGAAUCAUUUCUCAAACAAUUGGCUUCAUGGGACAAGGAAGAAGUUCCAGAAAAGCUUCAAGAACGAGUGCAUUUUUCCAAGCGUAUUAUUGCACGCCUCUUAUCUGCCUAUGAAAAAAUGGUUACUCAUCAGUUUCGUUUGCGUCAAUUGCUUGGAAACACUACUGAAACCGCAUCAGUUUCUGUUGGGUCUGAAAUUAGUGAUAAUAUUUUACCUAUUCAUUCCAGUUCAUCGGCUCCUUAUGGCACACAAAACUCUAAUUCUGAAGGUAACAAUCAAUCAACUAGUUCAUCUCAGGAGCCUGCUUCAGCAACAUGCAGCAGAUCUGGUGCAGUAGAUUUGCACGAGGAAAUAACACUUUUAAACAAGGAAAAUCUUCGUCUCCAAAGCCUUUGUACAAAUUUGCAUUCUAAACAUCGACAAAGUAGUCUUCGCCUUCGUGAACUACAAGACUUAGCUCAAACGAAUAGUGACGCGUCAGCGGAAUGGCAAGCUAAGUAUGAGGAUUUAGAUUAUAAACUUGCGGAAGCAAUGAAACAAGUUACGCGUUUAGAUCAUCGUCUGUAUGAAGCCCAGGAAAAGAAUAAAAAAAUGGAAGUUGAAUUAUCAGCUCUCAAAUGCUCAGACUCUCCAGGUCGUGAAGAUCCUUCAAGUGUUGAUGGAUCAAUUACACGGAAUAAAUAUAAUGACUUGGCUUGUGAACUGGAGGAGUACCGUGAGUUGGCAAAUAAUCGUAUAAAUGAAUUAGAGCGCCUUCAACGUCACUUGGAAGACAAAGUUGCAGAAUGUGCUUCAUUGAAUAUGCAAUUAAGAGAUAUUCCCGAGCAUAUUAUUACAGAAUCUCCUCAAUAUUUAUCCUUAAAAACUCAAUUCAAUAUUCUAUAUAAUGAAGCUAUCCAACUAAGAAGCCAGUUAGAGGAAGCUAGAAGUACUAUUCAGAAUAACAGACAUAAUCAUCUGAAACAGAUAGAAGAGAUGGAGGCAAAUGAAGCAGCUAUACAGAAUCAGAUGCGAUCUGAAAUGCUGCUCAUUGAAGGGCAAUACUCUCAACUAAGACACAAAUAUGAAACUAUGGAAUUGGAUUUCAAGCAAGCAUUGACACAUAAUGAACAAGCUGGUCCUAUCAGUUGCGAAAUGCGUAGUCUAAUUUCCACACUCCAAACACAAAACAAACAACUAAAAGCUGAAGUGACUCGUUAUCGUAGAAAAUGUGAAGAAACUGUACAGGAACGUGAAAUGAUACGUGCGGAUUUGAAAUGUACAGAGGAUGAGUUAGUUCGUGUCCGUACGGCGCUUUCAGAGGCAACUGCAGCUGUUAUUGCUGCAUGUGAAAAGUCAGAUCAAUCGACACCAUCAACCCCCCAAAGCUCAAAUCUACCUCAGACUUCAGUAACAAUGCCAGAUGUUGAAUCACCAACUGCUGAUCCAGAAUUGAAAGCGAAAAAUUCAAUUCCUAUAAAAGUAGAGGAAAAUGUUAAGUAUAGUUCUCCAAGUUCAUCUACUGCUCGAUCUGGCACAGUUACCACUUCAGCAAGCUCUCAUGUCAAUGGAAGUGUUCCCGAAAAAGUUUUGAAAACUGAAUCUACUUCCGACUUUCGUUCUAAUGUCUCGUGUUCUUCGCCGUCUAAUGAGAUUAUUCGUGAUUUAAAAGAACAACUGAAGCGUUCACAAGAAUCACAAAAAGAAAUGUCUGUACUACUCAACAUGUAUAAAGUUAUCCCAAAAGAUCAAAGAGACAAAGCAGCACUUCUUCAGUGCGAAGCCAAGCUGCGAGGUGAACUGGCUGAUGCCAGAAAUGAAAUCGAUAAACUUCAUGCAACUAUCAAAGAUCUUCAGUCACAACAAACGAAGAUGCAGCAACAACGUAAGUCAACGUUAACAUCUCCUAUUGAGCCCAAUUUAAAAAUGUCACCUGCUGAACGUUCACUCACUUCCCAUGGAAAUAUUCCACUAUCUCCUUCGAAAACAUGUAAGACUGGGUUGGUUUCACCUGAAGAAAAAAGCUCGAGUAUAUCUGGAUCUCUGCCGAUCACGUCUUGUGGAAAAUCUAAAAUUUCUGCUUCUGAUUGGCAAAUAUCAGAGUUGCAAAUGGAACUGUAUAUAGUUCGACGUAAAAGUCAAUCUGUUGAGGAGCAGUUAAAGCUUCACCAACAAAGACUUGUAGCUGCCAAGCAACAAGAGGAUGUACUAUUGAAGGAAAUGGAAGUGAGUUUUACUUUUGUUUGUAUUUUUUCACACCUGCUCUAUUUAGAAGCAGUCCGUUAACAGAAAUAUUCCAAUCUAUUAAUGCUUACAAAUGUUAUUAGGAAAAACUUGGCCUAUUAAAGACCUUGAACAUAUUUACAGUUUAUUAUGAACAUUACUAAUUAACUUUGCAAGUUAUUACUAAUCUUUUUGAGAUAAACGGUUUCCGUAUGUUCUCUUCACGCUUUCGAGCUGACCAUUUAAAAAAAGAAAUACUGACAUUUUUAACAAAAACUUGCUUACUUACAUCAAUAUUAUUUUUCCCUACUAUUUAAAGAUUACUGUUCAAGCAUUCGAAGAUGCGCAAGAACAAAACGUUCGCCUUGUUAAAACAUUACGAGAAAAAGAUGAUGCUCACUUAAAGUUAAUGGCAGAAAGAAUGAAAACUGCUCAACUUGCUCGUUUACUGAAGGAAGACAAACAGCUUUUAGAAGAACAGAUACGUCUGAUGCAAGCAAAAAUUGAAGCGUUAAAUCGUGCAGUUCUAAAACAGGAAGAGAAAGAACGUUUAUUGUUAACCAAUUUAGCAACCUUAGAGAAAGAGGCAUCAGCUAGACAAAAGUCACAGGAAGCUUAUAAACGAAAAGCUCUGGAAAGUCAACAAGUCUCUGAAGACUUAAAAGUCACUGUUCAAAAGUAUCAAAGUCAACUAAAAGAUGCUCAAACUACUGUUCAAGAGAAAGCGUCCGCUUUUGAACGCGUUUCUUUUGGUCAUCAGCGUUUACAAGUUAGUUUUUGUCUAUUGAAAAUCAUUUUAAUCUUUAUGACUGGUGUAAUUAGUAUGAUAAUCAUUUUUGUACUUUUCCAUAGUUCAGAAUCCGAUCACGUGCACAAUUUUAUUAUCUCAGGUUUCUGUUAUUGCAUGUAUGAUUAAAUUUUUGUUUCGUACUAAACUACAGAGCAAAAUCUGUUUGUGUACCACCAUAUGUAUGUAAUGACUUGUCAAAGUGCUGAUUCUGUUCGUGGUAUGGUUAUUUGUAAUGGCUGAUUGCUUGUUCAACGGAAAAAGGUCGGUAUUAAUAAAUGGAAUGAAGAGUCCAAGACUGUUAAUCAAGAUUUAUUUAUACACCAAACACUAAUCCAGGACUGAUCAUAAUUUGCAAUAAAAAAUGUCCAGUCAAUAGAUAAACGUGUUUUUAUUAUACUGUCAAUAGUUAACAUGAGUUAAUCAGUAAUUUAAUUCGAGUACACAAUUUGCAAAAUCAAUAAAUUAACUACUUUGAUCAACAAAUAUAGCCAAAUUACUAUAUUAUGUAUUUUACUGUUUCCUAAUAUUCACCUUAUUGAUUGAAUGCGUUUGAGUAAGGUUUUCCGUAGGGUUGGGGCGGUCACCUUAUGUUAAUAUAAUACUGAGCAUGUAGAUCGCUUCACUCAUUCUGAUAAAAUCUCGGCGCGGAUUCAGAAAACUCGAUUCGCUUUUAUCAACUUGCAGCACUUGUGGCAUAGGCAAGAUCCGUCUACCCGCAACUACCUGGUUGGAGUCCCCGUGAUUAAUGUAACCAGUAGUUAAAGACUUUGAAUGAUAUGGCUCAAAGUCGUUUGCAGUGGUACAGACGCAUGAACUCGUUUUCUGUGCAUUCUGCUUGUGCCUCAGCUUUCUCUGCUCAUAUUCUACUGUUGUUUAUUAAUAUUAAUUGUUGCUUUGAUUGCCAGAAGACUUCGGUUUUCACAAUAAGGCGUCAUAAUUCUUUUGAAUGAAGAUCCUUUAACUCGCAGGACAGAGUUUAAAUGUUUUAAAUUGUUUUUUUCUUCUGCUUAGACUUUCUUUAACAAGCUUGGUUUUCUACGGGAUGGGCUUGGUGAUGCCAUGCCCAACUCUUCUCUUUUAUCUGGGUCUGGGACCGACCCUAACCCUAGAUAAGCUACAGGCUAUGUUGUUUUUUUUACUUGUCAGACUAAAAUCCCUAAUCUACUUAAAAAUCUUGUUACUUGUUGCUUUAGUUUAUUAGAAGCUCAGGUCUGUAAUUUGGUUUCGGUCUUUUAUGAAUUAAGACUUAUGAAUGAACUAAGCUUGUAAUUGUUGAAAUGAAUUGAAUGUCGCUCAAUAAAUGAAAUACACAGACACAACGUGAUCUAGUGAUGGUCGCUCACGAAACUGCUUUAUUCACGUAAGCCCCAAAAUGUUUAUUUAUCAAACGAAAUUAAAAAUCGCUCCUCGAUAACAAAGAUAUUGGUUCCGUUUGAUUGUUUUUAUUGAAGAUGAACUUUUAAUUUCUACCUUUUUGAUACUUUAAUUGGAGAUUAUUGUACAGUAUGAAUUACCACUAUUCAUAAUACUGACAUUGAUCUGAUUAUACACAUGGUUGAUUAAUGAAAACAAUGCAUGUAUUAUUUUUUUUUCAGGAAGAACUUGUCACUGUGCGCAGAAAAUACGAGAGGUUACGCAAGAUCGAACAGUCUCACAACGCUGAUGAAUUUUUACUGGCUGAAAUUCAAGAUUAUAAAGAGCAACUUACAUGUCCAACGUGUAAAAUCAACAGAAAGGAUGCUAUUCUAACUAAAUGUUUCCAUGUGUUCUGUUUGAAUUGUCUAAAAGUUCGGUAUGAAACACGAAAUCGUAAAUGUCCAAAGUGCAAUGCAACAUUUGGUGCCAACGAUUAUCAUCGUAUAUACCUUACCUAAUCUAUUUAAACCGACAGGCUUAUCUUUUUGUGUUUUUUUUAUAGAAAUCUCUUCUAUUUGUUUUUGUAUACUCCAGUAAUGUAUAUAGUAUUGACUGUGAGAAUCCUUCACUAUGUUCUGUAAAUACUUCCCACUUUAAAUAAUAUAUAGUUUAUAUUUGUAUAA